AUGCUGUGCAUUGGUUUUAAUGCUGCUGUUGCUGGGUGUUUUUUUGCCGUGGAAUCUGUUUUGUGGCCUUCUUCUACGGAUUCUUCAUCCCUUUCCAACUCAACACCUAUGGUGAUACUCAGUUCAGUGAUAGCAUCUGUUGUUUCAGAGAUUGGUCUAGUUUCUGAUCCUGCUUUCACUGUUCCAGAAUAUGAUUUUCGCUCCCCACCAGAACUUCCUCUAUACCUUUUGCUGGGUGUCUUUUGUGGCUUGGUGUCAAUCGCAUUAUCAAGAUGUACGUCACUUGCUAUGGAUACAAUUGAAGGUUUACAAAAGGCAACAGGGUUACCAAAGGCUGUAUCUCCUGCUUUAGGUGGCCUUAUUGUUGGUCUCCUAGCUCUUAUGUACCCUGAAGUAUUGUACUGGGGCUUUGAAAAUGUUGAUAUCUUGCUGGAAUCACGAUCAAUUACAAGCAGCCUCUCAGCGACUAUAUUGGUUCAGCUCAUUGGAGUGAAAAUAUUAGAGACAUCUUUGUGCAGGGCUUUUGGAUUGGUUGGAGGUUAUUAUGCACCAUCGCUUUUUAUUGGUGCAGCUACAGGGAUGGCAUAUGGCAAGUUCAUGAGGUUUACAUUUACUGGCCCUGAACCACUGUUUCAUGUCCCGUUCCUAGAUGUGGCAUCACCUCAAGCAUAUGGCCUGGUAGGUAUGGCAGCUACACUCGCUGGCGUAUGCAAGGUGCCUCUGACAUUCGUCCUCCUACUUUUUGAGCUUACACAAGACUAUCGUAUAGUUCUACCUUUGCUUGGGGCUGUUGGAUUAUCAUCUUGGAUUGUUUGUCCUCAAAGGUUCUCUAAAAGCAUUAGGAGUAAGGUGGAUUUUCCUGAGGAUAAAUCAAGUAUUGCCCAACAGGCAAAAAAUAUGCCCUCUCAAAACAAACAAGUCACUUCCAUGGAUACUGCUGAUUCUUCUAAAGAAUUAUGUAAAAUUGAAAGCUCGCUUUGUGUAUAUGAUGCCAAAGACGAGAGUAUGUUUGAAAAUCUUACUGUUGCAGAGGCCAUGAAAACUAACUACUUUUCUGUCUCAAUGACAACUUCAUUAGUCGAGGCACUAGAUCUUAUGCUUGCUGAGAAGCAGCCCUUUGUUAUGAUAACUGAGAGUAACACAUCUGUAUUAGGCUCUAAAGAUAUCCAAGAUUUUUGCAGAGAUUCAAAAACUACCAGGGCACAAGCCAAGGUUCAGGAACUCCUGGUAGCUCAUGUAUGCCUUGCAGGCAAGUGUAAAUCGUAGUCUCUGACACCUCAGAUGCCACUUACUACUGCAGACAAGAUCACGGAUUCUCAUGGAGUGGAUCACGUUCCGGUAGUCUCUCAACAUGCUAAUCAUCAGGACAGAGGACUUUUAAUAUAUUUUGUAGACAGAGAAUGCAUCACCAUCGCUCGGAGAGCUUUGGCAACAAAAGAAUUGUUCGGUUUUACAUAUGAGACCGAAAAGGAAGAGAGGUAGCACGGAAGGGGGGAGAGAGAAACACAGAAGCACUUGGUACUUCGCAAGUCUGUAUGAUAUUCUUCAUCUUGGAAAUUGCAGUUGCAGCCUGCAAACCUGGCCAAGUCCAUCGUGGCACUGGUCAAGACUGCAGAUUUAAGACUUCACCUGGUUGGUUUGCUAUCUUCAGA